AUGUUCUGGGCGCACCGCUCCCGUGGGUCGCCGCUUCCGACGGACAGGUGCGCCGGGAUGACCCCGCCGGACGCGAUGCGGACGACGUGGGCGCGGUGGCUAGCUCUCUCCGCGGUGCUGAUUCUGCUCUGGGGACGCCCCCACGUGGCGCUGGCCUGCCCCCACCCCUGCGCCUGCUACGUCCCCAGCGAAGUCCACUGCACGUUCCGCUCGCUGGCUUCCGUGCCCGCUGGGAUUUCUCCACAUGUGGAAAGAAUCAAUCUGGGGUUUAAUAGCAUACAGGCUUUAUCGGAAACGUCGUUCGCCGGACUGACGAAGCUGGAGCUGCUCAUGAUCCACGGCAACGAUAUCCCCAGCAUCCCCGACGGGGCUCUGAGAGACCUCAUCUCGCUCCAGGUUUUCAAGCUCAGCUACAAUAAGCUUCGCGUCAUCACGGGCGAGACCCUGCGGGGGCUCUGGAACCUGGUGAGGCUGCACAUGGACCACAACCGGAUCGAGUUCAUCCACCCGGAAGCGUUCAGAGGCUUGACCUCUCUGAGGCUCGUCCACUUAGAGGGGAACCUGCUUCGGCAGCUGCACCCCGCCACCUUCUCCACCUUCGCCUUCCUGGGCCACUUCCAGCUCUCCACCGUGAGACACCUCUACCUGGCCGAGAACGCCCUCAGCCGUCUCCCCGCCGGCAUGCUGCAGAACAUGCCGCUUCUAGAGAACCUCUACCUGCACGGCAACCCGUGGGCCUGUGACUGCGACAUGGCCUGGCUUCUGGAGUGGGACGCCAGAUCCAAAGGGGUCCUGAAGUGCAAGAAGGACAAAGCGUACGAAGGGGGUCAGCUCUGUUCCACGUGCUUCAGUCCCAAGAAGUGGCAGCAACAGGAGCUGCAGAAGCUGCAGGACGUCCCCUGUCAGAAGCCUUCUAUCGAGUCCCCGCUGAGACGGAACGGGAGCCGGAGCAGCGAGGAAGAUCAGGAUGAGAACGAGGAUGCCCGGCACCCCUUCUCCCCGGACGGGUUCCAGUUCCCCGCGUGGAACGUGUCCGUGAACAUGAGCGACGAGCACGGAAACACGGUCCACCUGGUCUGCGACAUCAAGAAGCCCACGGACGUGUCCAGGCUCCACCUGAACCAGACGGACCCCCAGGAGAUAGAGAUCAACGCCACGGUCGCCUUGGACUUCGAGUGUCCCAUGACGCGACAGAACUACGAGAAGCUCUGGAAGCUGAUCGCCUACUACAGCGAGGUCCCCGUGAAGCUCCACCGGGACCCCGCGCUCGGCAAAGACCCCAGGCUCGGCUUCCAGUACAGGCAAGAUGCCGACGACGACGCCACGCUGUACUACACGGGCGUCAGGGCCCACAUCCUCGCCGAGCCGGAGUGGGUCACGCAGCCGUCCAUUGAGCUGCAACUCAACCGGCGUCUGAGCUCGGCCAAAGCGGUGGUGCUGUCCUAUUCGUCUCGGCACGCCCUGGUCGUGUCCGCCAAGGACGCGAGGCUGUCUCGGAGCAGAAGCUGGGUGAUGAUCGAGCCCGGCAAAGCCGUGCAGAGAGCCCAGACCGUCCUGGAGGGGAGCCCCUGCCAGCUGAGCUGCAACGUCAGGGCUUCCGAGAGCCCCUCCAUCUCCUGGGUGCUCCCGGACGGGUCCGUCGUGAAAGCGCCGAUGGAAGACCGCGACGGCAGGUUCUCCGUCCUCACCAGCGGCUGGCUGAAGAUCAGGUCGACGCAGCCGUCGGACGCUGGUCUGUACCAGUGCGUCGCUCGGGUGAGGGAUGAGACGGACCGCAUGUUCUACAGGCUCCUGGUGCAGCCGCCGGUAGUUCAGCCUCCCGACGCGUUCACGGUGACCGUUCACAAGAACCCGGGGGAGCCCGUGACGCUGCCUUGCACGGCGUUGGCCGUACCGGAAGCCCAGAUCAGCUGGAUCCUUCCACACAAAAGGAUGCUGAAUGCGAUGGCCAAUGCCUCGCACGCCUAUGUGCUGGCCGACGGCACUCUUUCCAUCCCCAAGGUUCAAGGCCGUGACAGUGGUUACUACAGAUGCGUGGCGGUCAACCAGCGAGGGGCGGACCAUUUCACCGUGGGGGUCCAGGUGAGCAAGAGGGGGUCCGCCGGGUCUCCGAAAAGAGGCGGGCGCCCAGGAGGCAGGACUCUUUCGGGAGGGCGAGGCGGGAUCGUGGAGGAUGAAGGCGGAUCCGGCAUGGGAGAUGAGGAGAGCGCAUCGAGGACGGUCCUCCACCCGCAGGACCAAGAGGUGUUAAUCAGAGCAACGGACGACGCCGUCGGCAGAGGUGCGAAGACCAGGAAAGGGCGCAGAAAGCUGAAACCCUGGAAGCACCCCGCAAAGGAGCCGGAGACCAACGUCGCCGAAGGCCGCAGGGUCUUCGAGUCCAGACGGAGGAUAAACGUGGCCAACAAGCAGAUUAAUCCAGAACGCUGGGCAGACAUCUUAGCCAGAGUCCGUGGGAGAACUCUCCCGAAGGGAACGGAAGGACCGCAGGUCAUCACGGUCAGCUCGCCUUCGCUGACGAGGCAGGACGUGACUCCACCUCUGCCUGCCGUCGCUCCCGGCUCAGCGCCCAUUCAGACCACAGGCAGCGCAGAAGAAUCCUCGGGAGAUACGUCCGUAUUUGGCGAGGAGGAGCAGGUUUCCAGCGCUGUCGCCUCCCCUAGGACUGUUCCGCUCCAGCCUGGCCACGACGGAAUCAUUGGUAGUGAAUCCAGAGUGACAAGGACACCCGUGGAAGAAUAUAUUGAAGAAGACUCUUCUGAGAAGACCCUGGGUACAACUCCCACUGAGGUUGACUCCAGCCAGACCCCAGCCACGACACCGUCAUCUAUACUUUAUGAACUUUCUACUCUGCAGGCCCUAGAAAUGGAGCACAAGGGGCCCACCAGUGAAAAGGUAGCCACAGACAGCUGGUCUACCCUCGAUGUUGGGUCCGCGCCGGAGUCCACAUCCCCUGAGGAUGAAUCUCCGAUGGAAGCCGUACCCUUGGCUGGGUCUGAGACUGUGACCUCCUUUUACCCCGAUCUGGGGACAAAUCCACUACCAGCUGAGCAUACCGUGAAAGAGCAGGCCUCCGCACACUUCACGCCAACUCCCGUCUCGUGGGUUGCCGAGGCCAGGACAUCUGAGCCGCUUGAAGACCCCACCUUAGGGGACCCCGACGUCCCAGCUGAAACGCGCCUCCAGGAACAGACAGAGAGCCCGCAGCUUGUGAAAACUGGUUUAAGCACCCCAGGCCACCCAGUGAUUCCCGAGGGCACAAAGGAGACUUCUCAGACACUGCAGGAAGAGGGUUCGCUCGGGACACACCCCAUGGACUCCCGACACGUUGAGGGAAAUGGGCAAGCCGUAGACCCGAUCACUCCGCUUGACUUGACUCUAGAAGUGGUGAACAGCGUCACUGAUUUGAAGCGUCCCGGGCAGUCCACGCUUGGUGUCGUGUUUGGCAAGGACACGGCCACGGCACUAGUGACCACGCCAGCCCCAAAGGACACUUCACCGUCGGCUCUGACCACGCACCCUUCUCGAAAGAGGCCCCAUGGGAGGAGGCGAUUCCGACCCCACAAAUUCCGACACCGCCAUAAACAGACCCCGCAUACGACGUUUGCCCCGACAGACACUGUCUCGACUCCACCGACCCAGGUCCCCGAAGUGAAGACUGCAAGCCAAGGGGCGAGUUCUCUGGGUCCUACGACCUGGGCUACCAGCGCCGUAGGUACCCCGGGACGCUUGGACACGGAGGAGCAUGCCGAACCCGUAUCCAGGGGCAGCCCACGCAGGAAACAGGGCAAGAGACCCAACAGACACCGAUACAUCGCUUCUACCCUCAGCUCUGCGGCUUCUGUGUCCAAGCCCAGCCUUUCUCCAGAAGAUAAGCAUAAAACCUCUUUUCCCCCCAGCUCCCAAGCUGCGCUUUCCCCUACGACCGUCUCUUUCACCACUGGAGACCCACGGGAGCUAACCAGCGUGCAAGAUUAUAGCACAGCUAGCAUCAGCAAAACACAUUUAUCGCGUGACAGAUUCCGAGAGGCCGUUCCCGUCACACGCGAGCCCGGGUCAGACGGAAAGGAAAUGAAGAACCACGGUGCCACAGACCUCGGGGACUAUCAAACCGACGGUGUGGUCCCUGGAGCCUCAGUCACUCACGCGGUAUCACCUUCUGGGGCCAAGGUCUCCCCCGCGAGAGGAUUUAAGGAGGCGUCUCUGACGUCUCCCUUUCCAGAAACGACGAGCUGGGAUCCGCCAGGGGCAAGCCAGCCUGCGAUGGAACAGACAGACCCGCCUGUUACCAGCCCUUCGGAAGCGCUUACAGGAUCACCCUCUGUGAGACAGGCAGCGGAUCUAGGUUUGCCUACUGAGUUUUUACCUUCAGCGGGGGUCUCUACACGGUUUCAACCCCAACAGGCGGCUCCUUCGACGACUCUCCCCAUCCUAAAAGUAGAGGCGUCCUCAAGUCCGGCGGAAACCACCGUCCAUGAUCAGAGAAGCCGUGAAACCGCUCACGCUACCGUCCCUUCUGAAAUCGGGCCCCAGGGUCGCGUGUCCACUCCCGGCCCGGUGGAGCAGCCAGAAUCGCCAUUCCCACCCACGACUCUCAUAUCCUCCGCAGAGACCACCACAGAGCCCACACCACCUCUUCCUUCAGGGACGUCCCCAGCCUGGAAAGCUUCCAGAGACCACGUCUCCUUCCAUUACGUGGGGACCCCAGAAACCAAAGCGCCUUUGGUGAAUAACGAAGUAACUCGGCAUCUGGCGAAGCCAGACCAGUUAUCCACGCCCUCUUCCAAGCAGGACAAGUUUACCCUGACUCCAGAGGAGGCGUUAAGACAGGAAGCGUUUGAUGGCACAAUGAAAAACAUGCUUCCCCGUGCUCCAGAUGGUGCAAACGAAGCUGGGAGGGUCCCGGCUUUCCACCAACCAGCCGGAGUUCCCGCCACACCGAUCCCGCCGAGAGGAACCGUGAGACCCCCGCACGCAGUCACACAAAGCCCCUUCAGACACUCAGUCACCUUCCAGCCCCCUCAUCACCUGACCCGCAAACCGGGAGUCACCGCGUACCCGUCGAGGGCUUGGCCGGAGGGCGGGCACGCGACGACUCCAAGAUCACCGAGUUAUCCGACGACUCCCGUGGUGGUUUUAUGGCCUGGGUCCAAACCUAGCCUUCCGGGUCCGGCGACCGGCCAGGGAACUGACCGAUUCCAGGGCAACUCCAGGUCGUUGGGAAAUAACCACCUGCCUGAUCUAAGAAGAGACCCCGUGGGCAAGCUUCCGAAUUCGAGAGCGCCUCCUUUUCCCAGCGGAAGAUUCCCUUUCUUUAUCAACAGGACCCUGUCUUUCCCCCAGUUGGGAGGCACUCCGAAACCUCAGGGACCCAGCUCUCCAGCCCCGGCGUUGAGAGACAGAAAGGUCAACACAGGUCCCUACACUCGGAUCCACGCUCAGAGCACCUUCCACAUGGACCUGGGGCCCCCAGCGCCUCCCGUCUUGCACGCCCCCAGGACCGCAGCGCCCCCCUCCACGAACGUACGGAACAUCCCCCCAGUCUCCUCCACCCGGAGCUCCAUCCCCUUCACGACGUCUUCCGUCCCGCCCUCCAGAAGCUUCCAUCACAGCAGCUCAAAGCUCUUCUCUGCCGGAGGGCCGCCUGCGUCCAAAUUCUGGACGCUGGGGGAAAAGCCGCAGAUCAUCACCAAAUCCCCGCAGACCGUGACCGUCACCGCGGAGACGGACGUCAUGUUCCCCUGUGAGGCCACGGGGAAACCCAAGCCUUUCGUGACUUGGACCAAGCUGUCCACAGGCGCUCUGAUGACCCCCAACACCAGACUGCAGCGGUUCGAGGUCCUGAAGAACGGCACCUUCGUCAUCCGGAGCGUCCAGGUGCAGGACCGCGGGCAGUAUAUGUGCACGGCCAAAAACCUGCACGGGGCCGACCGCAUGGUGGUCCUGCUGUCGGUCACGGUGCAGCAGCCCCAGAUCCUGGCCUCCCACUACAAGGACGUCACCGUCUACCUGGGCGACACCAUCGCCAUGGAGUGUCUGGCCAAGGGCACCCCCGCGCCGCAAAUCUCCUGGGUCUUCCCCGACGGGCGCGUGUGGCAGACCGUGUCCCCCGUGGAGGGCAGGGUCACGCUACACGAGAACCGGACGCUGAGCAUCAAGGAGGCGUCGUUCCAAGACAGGGGCGUCUACAAGUGCGUGGCCAGCAACGCGGCGGGCGCCGACAGCCUGGCCAUCCGCCUGCACGUGGCGGCGCUGCCCCCGGUCAUCCACCAGGAGAAGGCGGAGAACAUCUCGCUGCCGCCCGGCCUCAGCAUCCACAUCCACUGCACGGCCCGCGCCGCGCCCCUGCCCAGCGUGCGCUGGGUGCUCCGCGAUGGCACCCAGAUCCGCCCCUCGCAGUUCGUCCACGGCAACCUCUUCGUCUUCCCCAACGGGACCCUCUACAUUCGCAACCUGGCGCCCCAGGACAGCGGGCGCUACGAGUGCGUGGCCGCCAAUCUGGUGGGCUCGGCGCGCCGGACGGUGCAGCUCACGGUGCAGCGCUCGGCCGCCAACGCGCGCAUCACCGGCACCUCCCCGCAGAGGACCGACGUUCGCUACGGAGGAACCCUCCGCCUGGACUGCAGCGCCUCUGGGGACCCCUGGCCGCGCAUCGUCUGGAGGCUGCCGUCCAAGCGGAUGAUCGAUGCGCUUUUCAGCUUCGACCCCAGGAUCAAGGCGUUCGCCAACGGGACGCUGGUGGUGAAGUCGGUCACCGACAAAGACGCGGGGGAUUACCUGUGCGUCGCCCGGAACAAGGUGGGCGACGACUUCGUGGCGCUCAAGGUGAACGUGGUCAUGAAAGCCGCCAAGAUCCAGCACAAGGAAGCCAGCGACCACCGGGUUCUCUACGGGGGCGACCUCAAGGUGGACUGCCUGGCCACGGGGCUCCCCAACCCCGAGAUCUCCUGGAGCCUCCCGGACGGGAGCCUGGUCAACUCCUUCAUGCAGGCGGACGACAGCGGCGGGCGCGCCAAGCGCUACGUGGUGUUCCACAACGGGACGCUCUACUUCAACGAGGUGGGCCCGCGGGAGGAGGGGGACUACACGUGCUUCGCCGAAAACCAGGUCGGCAAGGACGAGAUGCGUGUGCGCGUCAAGGUGGUGAGCGAGCCGGCCGCCAUCCGCAACAAGACGUACUCGGUGAUCCAGGUGCCCUACGGGGACGUGGUCAGCGUGGCCUGCGAGGCCCAGGGGGAGCCGGCGCCCAGGGUCACCUGGCUGUCUCCCAGCCACCGGCUCAUCCCCGCCUCGUCCGACAAGUACCAGGUCUACCAGGAUGGCACGCUGCUCAUCCAGAAGGCGCAGCGCUCCGACAGCGGCAACUACACGUGCGUGGUCAGGAACAGCGGCGGCGAGGACCGGAAGACCGUCUGGGUCCACGUCCACGUGCAGCCGCCCACCAUCAACGGCUACCCCGAGGCCAUCACCACGGUGCGGGAGGUGGCCCCCGGCGGCAGCCGCAAGCUCAUCGACUGCCGGGCGGAAGGCGUGCCGGCGCCGCGCGUGCUCUGGGCCUUCCCCGAGGGCGUGGUCCUGCCCGCCCCCUACUACGGAAACCGCAUCACCAUCCACCGCAACGGGACGCUGGACAUCAAGAGCCUGCGCGCGAGCGACUCGGUGCAGCUGGCGUGCAUCGGGCGCAACGAGGGCGGGGAGGCCCGCCUGGUGGUCCAGCUCACGGUCCUGGAGCCCCUGGAGAAGCCCGUCUUCCACGACCCGGUCAGCGAGAAGAUCACGGCCAUGGCCGGCCACACCAUCAGUCUCAACUGCUCGGCCGCGGGCAGCCCGCCGCCCGCGCUGCGGUGGGUCCUGCCCAACGGGACGGAGCUGCGCAGCGGCCAGCGGCUGCACAGGUUCUUCCACAGGGGGGACGGCCGGCUGCACGUCAGCGGCCUCUCGCCCGAGGACGCCGGCGCCUACCGCUGCGUGGCCAGCAACUCGGCAGGCCACACGGAGAGGCUCGUGUCGCUGAAGGUGGGGCUGCAGGCCGGGACGAGCAAGCGCUACCACAACCUGGUCAGCAUCGUCAACGGGGAGACGCUGCGGCUGCCUUGCGUCCCGGGCGCCCGGGGGACGCGCCCGUCCUGGACGCUGCCCGGCGGCCAGGUGCUGGACGGCCCCCAGGUGCGGGGGCGCCUCGCCCUCUGGGAGAACGGCACCCUGACCGUGCGGGACGCCUCGGUCUUCGACCGGGGCACCUACGUCUGCCACGCGGAGGGCGAGCACGGCCCUGCCGUCGUGAGCGUCCCGGUGAUCGUCAUCGCCUACCCCCCGCGGAUCACCAGCGAGCCCACGCCGGUCAUCUACGCCCGCCCCGGCAGCACCGUGAAGAUGAACUGCAUGGCCAUGGGCAUCCCCAAAGCCGAGAUAAGCUGGGAGCUGCCCGACAAGUCGCAGCUCGCCGCGGGGACGCAGCCCCGUCUCUACGGCAACAGAUUCCUGCACCCGCAGGGGUCCCUGACUGUCCAGCAGACCAGCCAGAGAGACGCGGGCUUCUACAAAUGCACUGCAAAAAACCUCCUGGGCAGCGACUCGAAGACCACCUACGUCCACGUCUACUGA